GCACUACUGAACACAGAUUGAUGCAUCGUCCACAACAUAUGCAGAUUUGUGAAUAUAUAAACCGAUUUUUACGAGAGAAUGAAAUACGUCGAGACUGUGCUUUAAGUUUAACUAAUUGGAUCACGUUAAGACAACAAUUUCUAAGCUCAAUUAAAAAAUGGAUUCCACGUAAGCUAAAGCCGUAUGAAGAACAGAUGAUUCUUUUUGCAAAAUCAUGCUCUAUUUGUCAUAGACAGAUUAAUUUGGAACAUUGCAAGAGGUGUUAUUCGGACAAUUAUUGCAGGGACCAUAGACCGUUAACAUUCUAUUAUGGAAUGAAGAUUGCUGGUUUAUAUCCACUACACCCAUUUCAACAAAAUAAAUAUGUUAUGCACAUGAUAGCACUAAAUACUUUAGAAAGAGAAUAUUUAAAUGCUUGGGAAAUUCUUUUACAUCUCUUACAGCACAUAAGGAAACUAACAAUUGUACUAGUAGGACCAAAUUUUAAGCAGGAUCAUUAUGACAUAGAACUUUGUUCUUUCUGCAAGAACGGAAGAUCUCAUUUACAACCUCUCCAUAGUGCUAAAAAUUCUUUUAGAUCUUGGAGACCAUGGAGGGAUUUGGAGACUGGUUCAGUAUAUUUUCGUAAUGUAACUGUCUAUCGUAACACCAUUGUUUUAUGGAGACCUUACUAA